AUGCAUCUUCAUCUGCACCAUUCUCUCCCUGAGACUUCAAUCAACUGCAAGAUAUAUGCAACCAUUCCAUCACCUUCUACAAAACGCUGCUGCACCUUUCAUCAUCAUCUCCAAUCUUCAACGUCAUCUUCUUCCCUAAACCUUCAUCAUUUCUUCAAACUUCACCGGCACAGAACCGUUCUGCAAUCUUCGUCAAUAACAUCAAAUCUUGAUCUCUACGGCUUCCUCGAUUCAUCACAAAAGCUUCACUGUUUCCUCUUCAAUCUUACUGUUCAACAACCUAUAUCAUCAUCAUCACCGAUCCACCGUCAAAGUCGCAACAUAAGAUCAGAAGCGAAACCAAAAAAGGCAGAAGGAGAAGAGAUUCAAACUGUAAAUCGCAUCCUCCGCAUUUUGUCAACGUGUACGAACUCUGGUUUUUGUGUGUUAGGGCACGGUAUCAUGAAGGUUGAGUCAUGGACCAUAAUCGCGACUGAAGCUUUGAAAUCGGAGGUUUCUUGA